AUUGCCCCAAACCGAAAAACUUGAGGUGUGGAAUAUUAGGGUAAUGCAACAGAACUAGAGAAGGAAAGAAAAGAAAUCCUUCACUCUCCGAUAUUUUUAAUGUCUACAUUAUCUUUUGGAAACGCAAUUCCUCCUUAGAAACUGGAAAUUGGACACGUAGUCCUACACACACAGAACAUAACACUGCUUCUAAUACCAUGUUUUCUUCGUCUCCACCGUUUCCUUCUUCUUCUUCGCCUUCAGUUACGAUGCUUCAUGAACAAGCUGCUCCUGCAGUUGCAUCCUGGUCUUCUAGUUCUGCAGCUCAGCAUUUUCCUACCUCAGUUCUUUUACAAGAGCAGCGUGAUGAGUAUAAGCCCUUACUGCACGUGCAUAAUAAGGAGACAACACUAAAUACAAGGCAGAUGGAUAUGACCUCAGUUCAUGAAAAAGGUAACAUGAGCAAUGGUGAUCAGUUAGUGCAUGACUUUGUGCAGCAGUUGCAUCUCCGGUCUCAUUUACAGAACUUAUUGACUUGUUCUCCGACAAGGGGAAUUGCUGCUUCUUCGAUUCUGCAACCUGUUGAUAUUGAUUCUGAGUGGCCUGCAGAUGGUCUGCCAGGGAAUGCCAUUUCUCUUGCACAGCAAGCUUUGUCUGCCUCAAAGCAAGCAGUUUCAACAACUGGAGAGAUGAAAUUGAUUGAAAUCGAUGAUGAUGAUCCACUUCCUUUUGGUCUGGCCUCCACAAGUUUGGCUAACUCUUCACUAAAAAAGAAUAAAGUUGUGAGGUCGACACGGAUUAUAGAAAGAAGGUCUAAACAGAGAAAAUCAUCGAAGUCAAAAAUUAUUGACGAAGAAAGUUACCUUGAAAGAAAGUCUGAUGUACAGAGAAGGUUACGUUUAGAGAAGAAGUUAAAAGAAGGGUAUGAUCAAAAUGACCCCCUGCGCUUGUUCCUGUCGGGUCCUGAAUCAAGGCAACUUUUGACCCGUGAAGAAGAGUCACUAUUGAUUACUCAGUUACAGGAUUUAUCAAGAUUCGAAGAAGUAAAGAUCAGGCUUCAAUCUCAGUUAAGGCGGGAACCAACUUUGGCUGAAUGGGCUGAUGCUGUGGGCCUUAGUUGUUAUACCCUGCAGACACAGCUUCAUUGUGCUAACAGAAGCAAAGAAAAGCUGUUUCAUGCCAAUUUACGCAUGGUAGUUCACAUUGCUAAACAUUAUCAGGGACGUGGUCUCAGCCUUCAGGACUUAUUUCAGGAGGGAAGUACUGGUCUUAUGAAGAGCAUCCAAAAGUUUAAACCUGAAGCUGGUUGCCGGUUUGGUACUUAUGCAUACUGGUGGAUAAGGCAUGCAAUAAGGAAGGCUAUAUUUCUACAUUCCAGGACAAUCCGUUUGCCGGAGAAUUUAUAUACCCUUUUGGGCAAGCUCAUAGAAGCAAAGAAAUCAUACAUUCAGGAAGGAAAUCUUCACCCCACCAAAGAAGAAUUAGCAAGAAGGGUAGGAAUUACAGUAGAAAAGUUGGACAAUUUGCUAUUUGCUUCAAGAAAUCCAAUUUCGAUGCAGCAAACUUUGUGGGUGGACCAAGAUACAACUUUCCAGGAGAUUACUGCAGACUCAGCAAUUGAGAUCCCAGGUGUGACUGUCUCAAAACAGCUAAUGAGGAGGCACGUGCACAACCUCCUAAAUAUCUUAAGCCCAAAAGAAAAGGGCAUAAUCAGGCUAAGAUUUGGUAUUGAGGAUGGCAAGGAGAAAACAUUGUCAGAUAUUGGCAAGGUGUUUGGUUUGACCAAGGAGAGAGUCCGACAGUUGGAGUGCCGAGCAUUGUCGAAGCUCAAGCAGUGUCUCGAAAGUCAAGGACUUGAUGCAUACAUAGACUUGCUUGUAUAGAUGAGUAGACACCAAGAAGUUCGUCUUACUUGGCUGUGACUUUUUUUCUAGCCAAGUGCAAAAGCGACCAAGCUUUUGAUGAGAAAGCUGACACUCAGCCGUGGUAAUUGAGGAUGAACCGGGGUAGCUAUUUGGGGAUAAGAAAAUUCAAUAACCAAAAACGCUUAUUUAUAAGAUUUGUCCAGCACCUGGCAUGUGUUGUUGCUGGGUGCUGGACAGUAGAAAACCAUUUUUUUUUCAUUUCUUUUUUUUAAAAGCUUCCAUUGAUUUUUUUUUUUAAAUCCGUGCUGAUAGCACGGGCCACACCUAGUUUGUAAAAAUUGAGAAGCCAAAUUAUCAAAAACCAUAUUUUGAUUUAAACUGCUGUAAUAUGUUGAUUUAUUUGCUUACAAACAAAGAGGCAUCUAUCUGUUGCAGUCAAA